UCGUUCUCCUCAGACCCAUUCCCCCCUACGAUCUCUCCUCCGACAUUGUAGUAGCGUUUCUAGGGUUUUUAAUUAAUUCAAUUUUACGCAUUUUUGGUUUUGGGGGUUAAUUUGGGGGUGUCAGCAUAUAUGCAGCAAAAGGGCCGGUCCUAUAACCGUCGAUCCCGGAGCUUCUCUCGAUCUCGCGUCGCCAUUGAGGGAUCUUAGCAUUUUCUUAGCUCUAAUUACUGUGAACAUCUCAUAUACCCACAAAACAAGAAAAAAAAUUAAAUUUUGAAAAAAAAAACUGAAGAGAACGAUGGCUUCUGCGUACGGGGAGGAGGAGAGGAUGGCGCAGAAGACGUACUGGUUGGAGCAUUCUAAAGAGCUCACCGUCGAGGCGAUGAUGCUCGACUCUCGCGCCUCCGAUCUCGACAAAGAAGAGAGGCCUGAGGUUCUUUCUCUACUUCCACCAUAUAACGGGAAGUCAGUUUUGGAACUUGGCGCUGGCAUUGGUCGUUUCACUGGUGAUUUGGCAAAAGAAGCUGGUCAUGUUCUGGCCCUGGAUUUCAUUGAGGAUGUGAUUAAGAAGAAUGAGAGCAUAAAUGGGCAUCAUAAGAACGCAAGCUUCUUGUGUGCUGAUGUGACAUCUCCGAACUUGAAGAUUAAUGAAGAAUCUGUGGAUCUGAUUUUCUCGAACUGGUUACUGAUGUAUCUUGCAGAUGAUGAGGUGGUGAAGUUAGCAGAGAGGAUGGUUAAGUGGUUGCAGGUUGGUGGCUAUAUUUUCUUUAGAGAGUCCUGCUUCCACCAAUCUGGUGACUCCAAAAGGAAAGUUAAUCCAACACAUUAUCGAGAGCCGAGGUUUUACACUAAGGUAUUUAAAGAAUGCCAUACCUAUGAUGAACAUGGGAACUCCUUCGAACUGUCUCUUAUUACCUGUAAGUGCAUUGGAGCCUAUGUCAGGAACAAGAAAAAUCAAAAUCAGAUUUGUUGGAUAUGGCAAAAGGUGAAGUCAAAUGAUGAUAGAGGGUUCCAACGUUUCUUGGACAACGUACAGUAUAAAAGCAAUGGGAUUUUACGCUAUGAACGUGUCUUUGGAGAUGGUUUUGUGAGCACCGGAGGAAUUGAAACUACGAAAGAGUUUGUGGCGAAGCUGGACCUUAAGCCCGGGCAGAAGGUGCUUGAUGUGGGGUGUGGAAUUGGGGGAGGUGAUUUUUACAUGGCGGACAACUUUGAUGUUCACGUGGUUGGUAUCGACCUUUCCAUUAAUAUGGUCUCUUUCGCGCUCGAACGUGCCAUUGGGCGCAAGUGCUCAGUCGAGUUUGAGGUUGCUGACUGCACGAAGAAAAUGUAUCCGGACAACUCAUUCGAUGUGAUAUAUAGUCGUGAUACCAUACUUCACAUACAGGAUAAACCCGCAUUAUUCAGAAGCUUCUUUGAGUGGCUAAAGCCAGGGGGGAAGCUUCUCAUUUCUGAUUACUGCAAGAGUUCUGGUGCACCUUCCGAGGAGUUUGCAGAGUACAUUAAGCAAAGGGGGUAUGAUCUGCACGAUGUGAAAGCAUAUGGACAGAUGCUUGAGGAAUCUGGUUUUCGCGACGUUGUUGCGGAAGAUCGCACUGAUCAGUUUCUCGAAGUUCUGCAGAGGGAACUUGAUGUAGUGGAGAAAGACAAAGACGCAUUUAUACAUGAUUUCUCUGAGGAAGAUUAUGAUGACAUAAUUAAUGGAUGGAAAGCGAAGCUGAAGCGGAGCUCAGUUGGCGAGCAGAGGUGGGGCCUAUUUAUUGCCACGAAAUAAUGAUCGAGAGAGUUUGACAUUUUCAAUAAUAAUGUUUGAUCAUGAGAUUGAUCUCUUUAUCCCUUCGGUUUACCAUACUAGAUGGUGCUUGGUUUACUAUUUGGACUGUUUAUGUUUGAACUCGACGAACCUUUAUUAGUAUCUUAUUGUUGCUUAGUUCAUUGUGGGACCUCUUUACCAAAAUAAAUGAAGUUCAUUGUGGGAGUAUGAUGUUA